AUGGUGACCAACCCAAAGCACAAGGCCGAAUUGAGCGUGGAAGCCUUGGCCGACCUCCAGAUUCCCAAAGAUCUUUGUAUUUCUCCCGAUGGUAACCAAGCCGUCUACGUACUACAAUCAUUCAGCAAGAACGGCGAAAAUGCCACCUCGUCAAUUUGGAUAGCCAAGGUUGGCGAAGAAAAAAGCGCCCGUCAGUUCACCUCCGGCCUGUCCAACGAUCAACAGCCACAGUGGUCACCAGAUGGGACUUCUCUCGCGUUCAAGUCCGACCGGGAUCAUCCGGGCAAAAGCUCGACUCUAUAUGUGAUGCAUGUGGAUGGAGGUGAAGCCUAUCCUGUGACGCCUGUUGAAAACGACGAACCCAUUGCCGCUUUUGAAUGGAGUCCCAGCGGUGCGUAUAUUGCAUAUACCAGCGCAGACGAGAAGACAGACGAACAGGCCCGCAAAGAGAAGGAGAAAGAUGAUGCCAAAGUCUGGGGAGAGAACUUGAAAUACUGUCGCCUGAGGAUUGUCCACGCAGCGACAAGACAAGUCUCAACCAUUGUGUCGGGUGACAGGCAUGUGCAUGACUUCUCUUGGGGACCUGACUCGAAGCAAAUCGUCUAUGUCGAGCACAAAGAGCCGGAUGUUAACGCUGCUGUGAUCCAUGGUACGAAAAUUUGCACUGCAUCCCUUGUCGAAGCAAAGUCGAACACUGUCACUGAGUACCCCGGGGCAAUUCGGCAGAUUGCAUGGGGGAAUUACGGCGUCUACUUCAAUGCAGGCCUCGAGCCGAGAUCCAUCACAACUUCCCUGUCCCUACAUCAGCUAGAUAUUGAAAAGGGCUCGUAUACUGAACACGAAUCUGAAGAGAGCUGUUGCGUGGGCAUUCGAAAGAAUCAGUCCUCCCUAGCUUGUCAUGUUCAACAUGACCUUCAUGAUGAACUCUUCUCAAUACAGGAUGGCAACUGUACUCUGGUACAUCGUGGAGAGCAUGCGCUAGCCUCAUUCGCCAUCCUUACAACUGCAGAGAAGACCGUCAUUGCGAUCACCAAAGGCGACGGGUCGAACCCGGAGGAAGUCUUCUCUAUCUCCGAGUCAGAAGGUACAGUACAGCUGUCAGAUCACAAUUCCAGCAUAGCCGCUCUCAAAAUAUCCAAGGCUUGCUCGGUCUCGGCGACCGCAUCAGACGGCUACUCCCUCGACGGUAUGAUCUACAUGCCUUCCAAGUACAAGGCGGAGGAUGGUCCUCUUCCCACCAUUCUCAUGCCGCACGGAGGACCAUACUGGCGCAUAAACACUGCUUUUACUGUCUGCCACUUCCUCGAGGCGCCACUACUCGUCUCAGCCGGAUACGCAGUUCUUUGUCCGAAUUACCGUGGCGGGAGUGGUCGGGGUGAAAAACACGCCGCGUACGCCCGUGGACAGAUUGGAACAGUCGACUACACAGAUUGUAUCGAUAUCCUCCGAAGCUGCAUUGAAGAUGGCCUCGUGGACCCCUCGCGAGUGGCGAUAGGUGGCUGGUCACAAGGCGGGUUCUUGUCAUACUUCGCCGUCACCCGCAAUGAUUUCCUGUUCCGGGGAGCUGUUUGUGGCGCAGGCGUGGUGGACUGGGACGCUAUGGCGAUGACUAGCGAUGCAUACUGGUUUGAGGGUGAAUUGGCCGGCGGGAUGCCAUGGGAUGUAGAUGUCAAUGCAGAACUUGAGGUAGACGACGCGGAUCAGGCAUCGAAGAGAUGGAUACGAAACACGAAUGGUCGACAGGGAAGCGCAUUGUGGAGGAUGCGUAAUGUGAAGACGCCCAUCUUGAUUCUUCAUGGCGAGGACGACGUGCGUGUGCCCUUGACCCAGGGUGUUGCUUUUUACCGGGCUUGUAUUCAUAACAACGUGCCUGUCGAAAUGGUGACUUAUCCCCGUGAAGGACAUAUGAUUUCUGAGAGGAAGCAUCUGAUAGAUAUGUGGAAGCGGAUGAGGCAGUUUUAUGAUAUGCACUUGCAGUGA